AUGCAGUGCCAGGGCUGUGACGGCAGUUCAAGCAGGCUGUCGAAGCCACACACGUUCGACGCAGUGAUUGGACCCGUUGGUUGUGCAGGAUUGAUCGACGGCCGAAACUGCCCAACACAGGGUUGUGGUUGGCUCAUCGAGCGAAUGCACAUGACGCUGUCCAGCCUCCUCCCUCAGGGACAAAGCGGGAGGUUGCAAAAAUGUACAGAAAGAGUAAAGAAAAUUGACAACAGGAAGAAUGAUGAAAAAGGGGAUAUCCUGAAAAUCAAGAUGCGAGACACAUAA